GGAGGCACAGACUUACCUACCCUGCCCUCCAUACAUUUUUGCAACCCCGAUGUGGCCCUUAGGCCAAAAAGUUUGCCCAUCCCUGGCUUAGACUGUGGAAAAAGAGAGGCCAACCCUUCUUAAACAUCAGGCAAUCCACACAGGAGAGAGACCCCAUAAGUGCUUAGACUGGGAAAAGUUUCAUACCGAGGUCUGACCUUGUUAAACAUCAAGCAAUCCAUACAAGAGGGAGACCAUAAGGCCAUAAGACUCUGGGAAAGGUUUCAGAAACAGAUCAGUUUCACACAAAGAUCAAAUCUUAUAACACUCAGAGGAUCCACACAGGAAUGAGACCCCAUCAGUGCUCAGACUGGAAAAAGUUUCCUAUAUAGGUCAAACCAUCAGCUAAUCCAGAAAGAAGAGAGAUCUCAUACGUGCUUAGUCUGUGGGGAAAGUUUUAUAUGGCGCUCAUCCCAUGUUUUACAUCAGAGAAUCCACACAGGAGACCUGAUAAGUGCUUCGACUAUGGAGAAUGUUUCUUACCGUGGUCAAGGCUUCUUAAUUAUCAGGCAAUCCACAAAAGAGGGAGACUCCGUAAGUGCUUGGACCGUAAGAAAGGUUUCAGAAACACCUCAGCCCUGACUGGUUUAGCCCAGGAAAGCACAGUGGGAGAGGCUGGAAUUGCUCUGGGCCCACUGGAAUGCUUUUAGAGUAGGGGCACGGUGCCCCCCCUUAUCCCUGUCUGUGCCCCCUUCCCCCCUUGAGGUGGGGCCGGGAGAAGGGCCAUGGCUCUGGUAGGCUGCAAGUCAGGACGCAGACAUGGGGUAAGGGGCCUGAGGCCGGAUGUGGCAGCUGAUGAAGUCAUCCCCAUGAUACUAGCAUUUCUCCCGACCCCCGAGGGUGCCCCAGUCCAUGGCCUGCAUCCCGUGAAACCCUAGGAGAGGGCAGGGACAGAACUAGAUCAGGAGCCAGAAGAGCUCAAAGAUCACGAGUCUUCCACUCUCUGCCCCCCCCCCCGCCCCCAUCGUCUUACAGAGAUUACCAAGUUCGGAGGCUUUUUAUUUGUCCUCUGGAUUUGCACCUUUUUGGGGACACUGGGAAGAAAGGUCCUGUCACCUAGAGACUGAGGGCCUGUGGCCACCACGAGAGCAUGUGUCUGACCCACAGAAUCCCUGCAGCACAGCCAGGGCCUGGGCAGGAGGCCUGGGACGUGGGAGGGACAGACUGUGAACUGCCCUGGCAUCCCACAGACGCUGUUUGUGCUUCCUUUCCUUUCACCUUUCCCAUUGUUUCCUGAUUUCUUUGAUUAGCUGCUGUUUAAUAAAUUGCAUUUGUUCUGAACUAUAGACAAUGGUCAGGGACGCGUCCAGAGCAGAGAAAGCGCCCCAGAGUGAGGACUCUCUAGCCCGUGUGUGCAGAGGUGGGCAAACUACGGCCUGUGGGACUGUCCUGCCCGGCCCUUGAGCUCCCGGGCAGGGAGGAUAGCCUCCGGUCCCUUCCCUGCUGUCCCACCUUCCCCACGACCUCAGUUCACCAUGCCGCUAGUGGUCCAGCCAGAUGGCACAGCUACUAGUCCUGGUGCUCUGAGCAGCAUGGUGCCGGUGACCUUCGAGGAGGUGGCUGUGUAUUUCACCCAGGGGCAGGGGGCUCUGCUGGACCCCGCUCAGAGAGCCCUCUACAGGGACGUCAUGCAGGAGAACUACGAGACGGUGACCUUGCUGGGCACAAUGACUCCUGACUGGAUUAUUUCUCUCCCAGCAGUGGAAGUGGAACCAGAGGGGACCUUUGUGGGAAGAGCUGAAGGGAAUUUUUCCCAAUGCUUGGAACAGGGAGAAGAGUGGAGAAAUUGGAACAGGUCAGAGAGGCUUCUGGGAAACCACUCAAGGGAGCAAAUUGAUGAAGCUAUUAUAUGUGGGGAAGGAUACAGGGAUCCCACAGCCCAGCAGACAACCCCCAAGGAAGGCAAAUGCUAUGAAUGUCUUGGUUAUGGGAAAGGACUCGUUCUGAAACCAUAGCUUGUAAUGCCUCAGACAAUUCAUACUGGAGACAAAUCAUUUCAGUGCUUGGACCAUGGGGAAAACUUCAAUAACUGCUCAGAUCUUAAUAACCAUGGGAGAAGCCACACAAGACAGAAACCCUAUCAAUGCCUUGAGGGAAGGAACUACUUGAAUUGGAAGGUAGCACUGAUAAGCCACAUAGGAGAGAGACUCCAUAAAUGCUUAGACUGUGGAAAAAGUUUUAUAUGGAAGUCAGAUGUUGUCAGACAUUAGGCUAUCCACACAGGAAAGAGACCCCCAUAAGUGCUUAGACUAUGGAAAAACAUUUAAAUGCAGGUCAGCCCUUGUUUCACAUUUGACAAUCCACACAGGAGAGAGAACCCAUAAGUGCUUAGAUUGUGGGAAAAGUUUUAUGUGGAAGUCAGGCCUUGCUAACCAUCAGGCAAUCCACAUAGGAGAGAGUUCCCAUGAGUGUUUGAACUGUGUUAAAAGUUUCACAAACAAAUCAAAUCUUAUAACACAUUUGAGGAUCCAUACAGGAGAGAGACCCCAUUAUUGCUCAGACAGUGGUAAAAGUUUCAUACGCAGGUCAGACCUUGUUAGACAUCAGGCAAUCCUCAUGGGAGAAAGAUCCCAUAAGUGCUUAAUUUGUGGGAAAAGUUUCCUACUGAGGUCAGCCCUUGUUUCACCUCAGAGAAUCCACACAGGAGAGUGACCCCACAAGUGCUUAGACUGUGGGAAAAGUUUCAUACGGAGGUCAAAUCUUGUUGAACAUCAAGCAAUCCACACUGGAAAGAGACCCCAUCAGUGUUUAGACUGUGGAAAAUGUUUCAUACAGAGGUCAGGCCUUGCUGUACAUUGGAGAAUCCACACAGGAGAGAGACCCCAUCAGUGCUCAAACUGUGGCAGAAGUUUUAUACAGAGGUCAACCCUUGUUAAACAUCAAGCAAUCCAUACAGGAGGAAGACCAUAAGUGCUUGGACUCUGGGAAAGGUUUCAGAAACAGAUCAGCCCUUCUAAACAUCAGGCAAAAGAUACAUAGUACUUAGACUGUGGAAACACAUUUCAAAUAGAUGCCAGCCCUUUUUUUACAUCAGUGAAUCCACCCAGGGGAGAGACCCCAUAACUGCUUAGC